AUGUCAGACAGAGGUUAUUGGGGUCCACCACCACGUGGACGUAGGUCGGAUAGUGGUCGUGGAGGUCCUCGGCGCGGAGGCAGACCUAGUGGGAAUGGUUAUGGUGAUGACCGACAAUUUUACGACGGACCACCUCCAAGUGCUCAGCGUGGAAGGGGCUGGGGUGGACCGCCACCACCCCCAACAAGAGGAUAUGCCCCACCAAACAGAGGUCAACCGCCCCACCAGCCGAGGUAUUCACAGUCUGCAGAAUACCCAAUUCAACGUAUCCCAUCAACAGUUCGGUCACAUCGCCAUUCGGAAGCUGUUUUUCGAAAGCCCAUGGAAAGAACACGUUUGCCUCCAUCCAGUUCCGAAUGGACGUCACAUCCUCCCUCGGAACAAGGUGAUGUUCCAUUGUCAUCAGAAAGCGAGGUUUCAUCUGAGGUUGCUCGUCAAAAGAAGAGUCACCCAAAAGUGAGACCAGUGUGUGAUCUGUCUGAUGCCGUUUCAAAAUUAGGCAUUCAGGGAAUUGUCAGGAUUCCUGCUAGGCCAGACGAGGAGGCAAAAGCGAAUUCGGUUUGUCGGAUUGAUGCGAAAGAAGGUCAGAAGACUGAAGUACGGAUGCCUCCGAAGGAGCUGCGCUCACUUAUCCAGCAGGUAGCCGACUCUUUACCAGACACCAUCAUUUACGAUGGUGGGCACGCGAUAUACUCUGAAGAUCCUCUGCCGGGUAUUACAACAGACCCCGUGGAGAAGGAGAUUGAAAUUAAAGACCCGCUUGGGCGUGAUCGUCUUCUUCUGAAAUAUCGCAUAAUGGAAGUGCAGAAAGUGUCCACAUCGGAUGUUGAUCAUUUCAUCAGAAGUCCGAAAGCAACAUCGUUGAACAUGCCUCAGGAGUCGAUUGGAUUGUUGGAUUGCAUCUUGAAGAAUGUUUCGAAACAGUCGUUUGUAUCGCUUGGACGGGCAGCGCUAUUUUACGAGCGACCGAUCAAAAUAGUUGCGGAUAAACUGUUCACCAUUCACAAGGGCUUUAUCAGUAGUGUUCGACCGCAGUGGAAAGUCCGUGUGAAUAUAGACAUGACUUGCAAAGCAUUUUUUACGUCUGGAAACCUAGCGGAUGUGAUGUUUGAGAAGUAUGGGGACAACAUGGUGAGGUGUAGUUCUCAGAUGGCGUAUGAUCUGAGGAGAAUACGAGUUGAGACGGACAAGUUUUACAAAAGCGAUAGUGGGAAUGCGUACUCCCGACGCUUCACCAUACACGGGAUAUCGUCAGAACCAGCGAAUCGUCUGAUUAUUGAGAAUGUGAAACAGUCUGUAGCCGAGUAUUUCGAGCAACAUCAUCAUAUCACUCUGAAGUAUCCAGAGCUUCCGUGUGUGAAAGUUGAUCAAAAGCGUGAGGUUUAUAUGCCAAUGGAGUUGCUGAACAUCUUACCGUACCAGGCACCUAAUGCGAGUAAAGCUGAUGUGGCGAGUGAGGUGAUCCGGUGUGCAGCAGUUCGACCACAAGAACGCUUCCAAGAACUUCAGACAUUUGCUAACAAUAUGUUGAAGUCACACCCCUGA